AGCACUGGUUAACCGUGUUGUACUAAAAUGGCGUCAACAUCAAAUGAUAGUUCUUGGUACAGUUCACUUAUUGGUUUAGCGGAAUAUUUCAGGACUUCUAACCCUCCUAAUAUUCGCCUUUGCAUUCACUGUUUACAGGCGAUUCUUGGUUUUCAACCUUCGCCCGAAAUUGAGGCCCGUACGCACCUGCAAUUGGGGAAUAUAUUGUUGGCACACACAAAAAACAUUGACACAUCUCAGACUCAUUUGGAAAAGGCGUGGUCCAUAUCUUCAGGAACAUAUCUUGAUGAUGUCAGGUUUGAGACUGCUAGCGUUUUAUCCCAGUUAUAUGAAAAACAGAACCAAACAAGCAAGGCAAAACCACUGCUACUUCGAGCCAUUGAAUUAUCUAAACAAGCGCCAUAUUGGCACUGUCGAUUAUUAUUUCAGCUGGCACAAAUCCAUGCCCAAGAACGAGAUUUCCCAUCAGCAUGUAAUUUAUUGUCUCUGGGGACAGAUUUUGCCACCGUUUCCCGAUCAGAAUAUACAAGAUUACUAUUUGUCCUUAGUAAAGCUAUGAUUUUGUUGAUGGAUAAACAGAUGAGCGAGGUGCAUAAAGUUUUAGUAGAAGCCAGUCAAUUGAUAGAAAAUUAUCAUGGUUCACAUGUUCAUAAAGAGUCUUUACGCGUGUUUUUUCUUGUUUUACAAGUCUAUCAUUUUCUAACCGCUGGUCAGGUUAAAACAGUAAAACCCUUUUUAAAACAGUUACAACAGAGUAUACAAACAAUUACACAAAUACAACCAGAAGAUGAGCCUGUAUCAAAUAAUCCGGUUGAUUUAUUUCAAUGGUUACCUAAAGAACAUAUGUGUGUAUUAGUGUAUCUUGUUACUGUGAUGCACUCAAUGCAAGCAGGUUAUAUGGAUAAAGCACAGAAAUACACAGAUAAAGCUUUAAUGCAGAUUGAAAAAUUGAAAAUGUUGGAUAAUCAUCCCCUUCUCUCCUCCUUCCAACUAAUGUUAAUAGAGCAUAUCGUCAUGUGUCGAUUGAUCAUGGGGAAUAAAUCCUCCGCUAUCCAGGAGAUAUUUCAAGCCUGUCACGUCUGCCAACAACAACCAAGAUUAUUUACCACACACGGAGCACAAAUACACACAUUACUGGGUUUAUAUGCUAUGUCUAUGAAUUGUAUGGAAUCUGCUGAAUUACAGUUUAAAACAGCUUGUAAGUUAUCCACGUCUAAUGAAGUUCGAUUGUUUGUAAAUUUAAACCUUGCUAUAGUAUAUUUACGGACCAAUAGACAAAGCGAAUUAGUAGGUUUGAUGGAAGCUAUAAAUCCAGAGACAGUUCCACAACACUCUCAUAGUUUAAAGGCAGCAGCAUUCUAUGUCCAGGGUCUUCAGGCUUUUUUCCAAUCCAGAUUCAAUGAAGCUAAACGCUACCUCAGAGAAACGCUAAAGAUGGCCAAUGCUGAAGAUUUAAAUCGUUUAACGUCCUGUUCUUUAGUGCUGUUAGGUCAUAUAUUUUUAUCAUUGGGCAAUCACCGAGAAGCAAUGAAUAUGGUGACGCCAGCCAUGCAGUUAGCUGGUAAAAUACCCGAUGUACACGUACAGCUAUGGGCUUCUUCGUUAUUAAAAGAUUUAUAUAGAUUAUCUGGUGAUAAUGUAAAUGCUGAAGAAGGUUAUAUGAUGCAUACUAAUUUCUCCCAGUCACUACUUAAAGAUCAUUUUCAAUCAUCCCAAUUAUCCGAACAUGGACUAAUACAGUGGACAGACGGCGAAUGUCCGUUUCAUCUGAGUAGUAGUGCUGUUGGUACUAGUGGAAUGCUGUAACAACCAAUGUCUAUCCUUCUUUAAAACCCAAUUAGCUGAUUGGCUAAUGGAACUCACUGCCCCGGGCUCUUCAGCGUCGUCGUAUAUACACGGACCAUCAGGAGUGGUAAACCUGAUGUGCUAAACGGAGAAAUUGUGACGACGCUUCUCGUGAACAGACGAUUAUAAAGUGUAUUUGUGUAUUCUAUAUACUGGACUGAUAUACACUAGUUUACGGAGCUGCGUUAACGCGCGGUGAGGAGGCGGUUAAUUACAGUGAACGGUUAAUAUCCAUGGUGACAGGAUGGCGAGAUGAAAAAAAAAAGUGCUCAAAGUGAAAUAAAGAAGAACUGAAGAGAAAUGCAAUCUACCGAGAUAAUUAAAUGAAAUGAUGAGUUAGUUGCCAUGGUGAUUAUAACUUCCUGAUUAUUUUUUAAAAAAAAAAACAUAGAAAAUGUGGAAUCCUAAGGAUUUUCGUCAGGAAAUACUGAAAACAAAGAAAUAGUAAAGAUCGUCAAAAUUUGUGGUUGUGACUUUUACAAAGCGGGAAUUUCUUCACAUACAUUGACUGUGAUGUUUUCCUUUCGUAACCAACAAAAUUCAUACCAGACAUUUAAUCAUAGCACGUGCGUGCGUUCGUGUGUGUGUGUGUAUCAUCAUCCUUAAUGCUUGUAUACUCUUCACUAGGGAUACAUUUAUUUCUUGAGGUUUUUGUGGUGACUAUUUAUUGUGAGGAUAUUUGCAAUCAAAUAAUUCAGACCAGAUUUUGGGGGGAUAAGGGGGAUUCCAUUAUUCAUUGUCAAUUAAAACUAAUGAAAUUUAACAAGUUUUUUUUUUUUUUUUUUUUUGUCUCCAAUAAUAAAUAUUUUAUAUUUUGAUUCAGUAAAAUCAACCAAUAUUCAAAUACAUUAACAAUUUUUAGAAAUCUGAAAAAGCACCAAAAGAGAAUCCAAAAAUUAAUGUAUAUGUUAUCGAAAAUUAUAUAUAGUCUUUCAAUUCAUCUCAAUAUUGUUAAUACUGAACGGAACCAUACUUGGACUAAUAUAUCUUAUAGAGAUUCAGCUUUCAGUCCAAGCCUGGAAAUAAGGCACCGGUCACAGACAAUGUCAGGCACAGAUUCAGACGUUGUCAGGCAAUAAACCUCUGGUGCCUGUCAUUUUGUCCAGCACUGAUUUGUCUUUUUUAUUGAUAUUAUUAAAAAAUGUCCGGUACUAUUUCAUUAAUGCCUGACAUUUUGUCAGGUAUAUUGUCAGGCCUGGGCUAUCACGAUAUUGUGGUGGGCUAUCACGAUAUUGUGGUGGGCUAUCACGAUAUUGUGGUGGGCUAUCACGAUAUUGUGGGUUAAAAGGAUUCCUCAAUCAGUGGAAUCAUUAUCUAUGGUUUGAUUUGACAUCAAAUAGCCUAUUUUUAAAACCAGUUUAAGCAUUUUAUGUUACAAUCUGAUAAAAAUACACAUCUAUAUUUCGUUUCGUCUUUUUAUACUUUCGAUGGUCUACACCACAGUUCUGUGCACCGCACGCUAAGAACUCAUCGUAACAGACCCUUUCAUUGGGUAAUCCCACAUAUUAAUCAGAACGCUGGUUAUAUAACAACUCUUCCAGAUCCUAGUGUUGUGAAGACAGUAAAACGAAAUUUUGAACUAUAAAAAACGAAACAAAAUAGGAUCUGUGUUUAACCAGAUUGACUAUGUUAUAGCUUUAUUGACAAGACUGGACAUACAGCAAUUACCCCUGACUUUGUUAAACAAAAAUUAUUAUAUUAUAAAUGUUGUGUGAUCAUUUGUGUCUAACAAAGUCUAGGACAGGUGCUGAAUGUCCAGGAUUGACAUUGAUUAAAGGUAACCUAAUUGUUGAGUAUAUAACUUUGAAAACAAGUGGACUCUUUUGCAUGUUUUUCUUACUCCUUGUUUUGGCAAGCCAAACAAUUUUGAAAAUGGCUGUAUAUUGUCCUUUUAAAUAUUUAUCCAUUCAGAUUUGGGAAACUAGAUACGGUCUUAUUUUUUUGUGUUUUGAAAUAAAACGGAUCAUGUAGCCCUUUUUAUUGGUGAAAUCCGGAAUAUGUUUUUUAUAUGACCCUAAUAAUAUUGACUUUUAUAGAGUCUGUGAUUUUCAGAGUCAUGCUGUAGGCAUGUUGAUAAAAUACAUGUAGAAACCGAUGUUGAUUUUCUCUACUCAUAGUGCUAUUGUAAUCACAGUCCAUCUUCAUUAACCAAGACAGUUCAGAACAGUAGGAUGUUAAACCCCAUUUUAUUUCAUUUCGCUAUCUUUUCUUUAUUAAAAUCCAUGACUGACGAAUUAAUUCCUUACUUAACGUAAAUUGAAAUUCACUUACAUCAACAAAUUUGUGAUUUUAUUUAAAGGGGAGUUAUGGGAGAUUAGAUAAAGAACUGACAGUUCUCGCUAUAAUAGUUUAACAAUAGAUAAUUUAAAUAGAAUUUGCUAAAAUUUCAGUCAAAUUGCUCCAAUCUGAACCAAGAUAUUAACAAUUGAAUUUCUGGCCUAGCCUCGAUCAUCAUUUCUAAAGUCAGGACAAUAAAAAGAUAGUCUCAAUUAUCCAUUUUGACGUUUAAUCAUCCAUCACAAAAUGUAUUCAAAUUCAGUAAAUGUCAUAGGCUAGCGAUAAGAUCGAGAGAUGAUUAUGGUCUGGAUAAGUUAAUUAAUGUCUGAUUAAUAAUUUAGAUAACAUUUCCGGCCUAAACUAAGACCUGCAUUAGGCAGAUUUACCUCUUGCAUAAUGUAUGUUUAAACAACAACAACAACAACAACAACAACAGCAUGGUGACUGGAUUUUGUUUAUUUGUAGUUUGUGUACAUUGUAAUUUGUUGGUAGACUAAUCAACUGUGGAAAAAGCAGCAUUAUUGAAUAGUUCAUAAGUCGAGUUAUAAAAUUUCCCUUCACACUUUUACUUCUUUACAUAUAAAUUUAAAGAUGGAAAUACAUUUUAAUAAUAACUGGGUGGGGGUUACGUCGUUACAGGGAUGGUAAUAUCUGUUUUCAAACGAAAGGGGUUUGGUGACCGAAUGGUCUAAGGCUUGUGCUUUAGAUCAUAAGGUCUGUCAUUGAGUCAAGUGGUGCGGUUUCGAUUCCCCAUUUGUAUGUGACAUGGAGUAGGGUCACCUGUCUAACCUCGUGGGUUUCCUGUGGGUCGUUAUGAUUCUGUUUGUACAGAUUCUGAACAAUUUGUGAAAGUACUAAGAACAAAAGAUUAUUAGUAUCAUUAUUGUACAUUUCUAUAUCGCACGACUAAGUGCUCGGGUACGCUUUAAAAUAUAUGGUACAGGAAUUAAAUAUAGGAAUAAAAUAUAUAAACUAAAAUACAAAUAAGACGUUAAGCAGACGUUGUGCCCCUUGAUCAAACUUUGAUUAAAAACCCCUGGUAAAUUAAUAUAUCACCCAAUAAUACAUUCUACAGUAGAUAUCGUUUGUGUGAUAAAUUUCAUAAUCAACUGCUGAGGAGUUAUCGCUUUACAUGAAUUUGAUUGGUCAAUCAAAAAGGAACCACUUUUUUUUAUUUUCAAAGAACAGUUCAUUUUUUUAUUAAAAGUUACUUCUUUCUUAAUAAAAUAGAACAAUUUUUAUUUAAUUGGCCUUGAUGGAAACACUGGGUCAAUAAAAAGGACUUUGCCGUGGUUGAAUUGCUGUCAAAAAAUGAUGUAUCACUACGCCGUAAUGUAAUCAGGUUCAGUAAAAGUGAAAUCUAUGUGCAUGUAAGAAAGGAUUGGGUGAUAAGUAAAAUCUCCUACUCGUCUUUUUUGAUAUCAAAAAAGACUCGUAGGAGAUUCUCUGUGUAUAUUGACUACCCUUGUUCUGAAAAAAAUUGAAAAUAUUCAUCUUUUUUAACAUUGGAUUUUGUAGCUUUUUUUUUUAAAAACACCUAAAACUAAUGGCCCCCAGAUCAUCUCGAAAUGCCCAAAUCACAGAACUAGUAUACAAGCCUUCCUUAGUUGACAGUUUAAUAUUCAUGUGACUCUGGUGAUAUGAAGCACCAUCGAGAGCAGGGGCCUGUUUCACAAAAUUUUAACUAAGACAAAAUCCAAAUUUUAGUAAUUUGAUUGGAUAAUAUUAGACUGAUUUUAGUGCUUAGCCAAUCAAAAUUGAAGUAUCUACUAAAAUUUGGAUUUUAUCUUUAGUUAAAAUUUCGUGAAACAGGCCUCAGUAGUUUAAGACUGUGCUAUAAUUCUUGGCUGUAAUUAAUUGAAUCAUUUGAUUUGAAUUUUUGAUGAUUUUAUUUUGUAUAACUAAUCGAUUCAGUCAGUGUUAUUUACGAUCGGAUUAAAACACAGAUCUUAUUUCAUUUCGUUUUUUGUUAUAAUCUAAAUUUUUUAUUUGUCUUCACUACUCAGGAUCUGGAAGAGUUGUUCAAUAACCUGGGUUGUGUGAGGUGCGAGGGAUUAGCCAAUGGAACGGUCUGUCAUGUCAGAUUCUCGUUGUGUGCCUCAGCAGCGAUAGAAAACCAAACAAAGCAAAAGCUGUAUUUUCAAAGAGCCAUUUUAAAAGCAAACGCUGAUUGAUUAAUUGAAUGACUAACAUCAUAGGGUCAAACGUUGCUCUUACGGCCCGUGAGGCAACCUCCCACUAUUACUGGUCAGAUCUUCAUGUAGUGUAGGCCAUCGAAAGUAAAAAAACAAACGAAAUGAAAUAUAGAUCUGUGUUUUCAUCAGAUUAUGUUAUUUAUUGUGCUCUGAUGUAUUCAGUUGACUUGGUUCUUGUAUUAUUCAUACUGAUUGACAAGUAAGUAUCUUUCGCCUGUAUUCUAUGUAUGCGUUUCGCCGACGAAAAUAUCAAUCUAAUGCAAAUAUAAUGGGACCGUUUCCAUAUAACCGGACAGAAACGCGUACAUUGAAAACGGGCCUUAGACUGCAGAUAUGAAGAUUAAUCGUCUCUGACAAGCAUGCAUCUUUUGCCUGAUUUCCAUGUAUGCGUAUUGCCGACGAAAAUGUCACUGUAAUGCAAAUGUAAUUGGAACGUUUCCAUGUAACCGGGCAGAAACACGUACGUUGAAAACAGGCCUUAGGCUGCAGAUAUUAAAGUUAAUCAUCUUUGUUAAGAAUGUAUUGUUUUAAACGGGAUAUAUAUAUUUUUUUUAAUUUUAACUGCUUGUAUAUAAGAAUUUUAAUGUUGGAAAUGCUGACAUUGUUUUUAUGAUCAUCAUAUAGUUGUCAGUACAUGGCUAAAUCUAUUUGUUAAGGCCAGCUCAAUUUUUGUCAAGGUCGCAGAGAUGUAAAUAAGGUUAGAGUAAGGGAUUGUUGGGGAGGUUAAAUUAAACAUUGGGGCUAGAUCCAGGGUUAGGGUUGGGUUUAGCGCUAACCCUGUUUACAUCUUGUGACUAAUGACGAAAAAUUGAGCUGGCCUUAUCAUUUAGCACUAACCAUCAGUACAUUUAGUUCGGUAUGUCUGUAAAUAGUAAGACGAUUUAAUUCUGUACUUUUUAAUUCGCGCUAGGAUUGAAAUCGUGGUGAUCCUGUCAGGUCGUAUCAUAUUCAUAUAUUGAUGUCAGUCAUGUUGAUAUUAUCGUACCAGAUCGUGGACUCAACAGGGACAUGACUAUCGUAACGCAUCGCACGACAGUGGGAACUUAGAAUUACCGUUACAAUUCUGUGAAAUUUUUAUCUUUUUUUUAAAAAAAAAAAAUGUAAACUCUUCAUUCGAUUUUACACUAAAAUAAAUGCAAUUAUAUACUACAGAUUGGUGAUAAAACUAAUAUCUGUUGCUCUAGACACUUUAUACCUUGGUUAAUGUUUCUGUUUUUGUCAACUUUUAUUAUCUAAAGGUGAACUGCCUUCAAUCCGCGAUUGCUAUUUCUGUAAACUAUCGGUGAAAGUGGGGAAAAUAUCUAUACAGGAAAGGAUGUCGUUUUUACAUAUUCAUAAGGAUAAUUGUGUAUCAAAUAUAAGGAUAACUCUACAUAUUAAAUAAUAAGGAUAGCUCUACAAAUAAGGAUAGCUCUACAUAUUAAAUAAUAAGGAUAGCUCUACAUAUUAAAUAAUAAGGAUAGCUCUACAAAUAAGGAUAGCUCUACAUAUUAAAUGAUAAGGAUAGCUCUACAUAAUAAAUAAUAAGAAUAGCUCUACAUAUUGAAUAAUAAGGAUAGCUCUAAAUAUUAAAUAAUAAGGAUAGCUCUACAUAUUGAAUAAUAAGGAUAGUUCUACAAUAAAUAAUAAGGUCAUCUCUACAUAUUAAGUAUUAAGGAUAGCUCUAAAUAUUAAAUAAUAUAAAAUAAUAAGGAUAGCUCUACAUUUUGAAUAAUAAGGAUAGCUCUACAUAUUGAAUAAUAAGAAUAGCUCUACAUAUUGAAUAAUAAGGAUAGCUCUAAAUAUUGAAUAAUAAGGAUAGUCAAACAUGAUAGCUCUGUAUAUUAAAUAAUAAGGAUAGCUCUACAAUAAAUAAUAAAGAUAAUUCGAGGUAUUAGUUAUUUGGUUUCUAUGUGUUUAUUUGAAGAAUAUAUCAGUAAUAUAUAUUUUUAUGUAAAUUCACUUUUAUUAGAUCAAGAUAUUUACAAACCCAUCUCUAGAAAAUGAUAAUAGAAGACAAGACAAAUAGUUAUGUUUCCAGGCAAAUUAGGUCUAAUUCAGGGCACUGAUAGAAUUACGCAAAUGCAUAAUAAAGUGAUUUAAUAAGACGGUACUUAGAAAAGAAAUCCUAGUUCGCUUGUACGUGUAAAUAUUGACUUCCCCUGUUCCUUGAAAAAAAAAGGGAGUCGGCGAAUGGUUAACAUGUGCGUAUUUGCAUCAUAUGAUCUGACAUUGAGUUGAGUGACGUGGUUUUGAUUUCCUACUUGUACGUGACGAGGAGUAGGGUCCAACAUCAUGAGUUUCCUCCCACUGCUAAGAGUUAUUAAUUACCGAAAAUAGGUUAGAAAUCUUAUAAAAUCUUUAAAACGCAUUUUGUGAAAGUUGUCUGUAUUAUCAGAAUCGGAUACUUACAUUUUAAGUAUAUAGUAUACAUUUUAAUUAGUUAUAUUUAAGCUACUAAGAGUUAAAUUGUAAAACUUUAGUUGCUAGAAAUAAGUUUGAAUUAGUUUCAGAUCUUAUAAAAUCUUUAACAAAAGGCAUAUCUGUAUUUGUUUAAGCCACUAAGAGUUGUAAAACUUUAAUUACCAGAAAUAGGUUUUUAAAUAGGUUGGAAAUAGGUUUGAAUUAGUUUGAAAUCUUGUAAAAUCUUUAUCGGAAAUAGGUUUGAAUUAGUUUGAAAUCUUGUAAAAAUCUUUAUCGGAAAUAGGUUUGAAUUAGUUUGAAAUCUUGUAAAAUCUUUAUUGGAAAUAGGUUUGAAUUAGUUUGAAAUCUUGUAAAAUCUUUAUCGGAAAUAGGUUUGAAUUAGUUUGAAAUCUUGUAAAAUCUUUAUUGGAAAUAGGUUUGAAUUAGUUUGAAAUCUUAUAAAAUCUUUAUCGGAAAUAGGUUUGAUUGCAAAUGUCACUUCAGAUAUCUCACGUUUAUUAUUUAUCUUCUAAGAAGAUACGUGACACCAGAAGAACUAGUCUUAUUUAUACCUGUGAGUGUCGCUUGUCUGUCCCUAGGGUUGGCGGCUAUACUAGGGCUGUCCCCCAAGGGUUGGUGGUUAAACUAGGGCUGUCCCCCAAGGUUUGGUGGCUGAGCGAGGCUGGCAGCUACAAUAGCAGUGUUCCGAGUGUUUGUGGCUAAUCUAGAGCUGUCCUGAUGGUUUAGUGGCUAAAUUAAGGCUGUUCCAAGGGUUGGCGGCUAAACUAGGGCUGUCCCUAGGGUUGGUGGCUAAACUAGGGCUGUCCCUAGGGUUGGUGGCUAAUCUAAAGCUGUCUCGACAGUUGGUCAAUAUACUAGGGCUGCCCCGAGGCUUAAAGUUUGGGUAUAAGAGUUAACAUUGGUCAGGUGGCUUUGUACUGUCAAUUCCUGAGUUCUAUUACUUCCUGUUUCACGAAGAGUCCGAGGACUCUACCGGUGAAACAUCAGUUAAACAGCUAAUAAUUUAUAAUAUUAUUACCAAAAAAAAACAACCAUUCAUAAUACCCUGUACAAAGUAAUGUGUAAAUUUUGUUAAUUUUUUAUUAAUGAAAAGUCCUAUAAUAUGUGUAGGUCUAUGUAAUAUAUCAUCAUACCAUCUCAUGUUGUGUAAAUUAUCAUUAUAUAUACCAUAUUAGAUCUAAAUACUGUACAAAUUAAUUUCCAUGUAGGUGUGUACAAAUGGAUUUCUAUGUAUUUUAUUGUCUGUUGUUUAUAAAGAAUGAAUUAAG